CAGUGCUUCAUGCACUCCCGUACUUCAGGAGCAAGAAUUUUCAGAGGCGUGAAGCAUGUGUGACAGUGAGGUUCGGGCGGUCCCCCUGCACCAGAGGCUGGACUUGCUGGAGGCCUGCGCGGACCUCGUCAACUCCGAGUGGCAGCGCAGCCGCGGGGCCAGGAUCCACGCCCUACAGAAAUCCUGCCACGACUUCCCAGUGUGCCUGGUGCUGCUGCUGGGGUCCGGCGAUGGGGAGCAGCUGCUGGGCCAUGCCAGACUGUCCCGGGUCGUGGGCCACAGCGGGAGCCUGUUUGUGGAGUCGGUGGUGGUCACUAAGGCCCAGCGGGGGAAGGGGUACGGCCGCACCCUCAUGGAGGCUGCAGAGUGCUACGCCAGGGCCAGGGGAUUCCGGAGGCUGUGCCUAACCACACACGACAAGCAGCACUUCUACGCGCACCUGGGCUACGUGCUCUCCAAGCCUGUCCAGAACGCGGGGGCUAUGACCAGUUUCGUGCCAAUGGAGGUCCUUCAGAGGUUCUCAAGGCUGCCAGAGACAGAAGGCCCAUCUGUAUCUCUAAACAGUUUUGACCAUCCGCCGUCCCAAGAUAGCCUGACGCCCAACUCUGUGACCCACGUUCCUCAUAUGGCCUCUCCAGCUGUAGCCCCUCCCCCACCACCCCCGCCACCUCCUCCACCCCCUCCUCCCCCGCCUUCUCUACCACCACUUGCCUCUCUGCCCCCUCCUCCUCCCCCUCCUCUUCCUUCUUCCCUGCCCAACAUUUCCUGUCCUCCUCCACCCCCAUGUCCCCAGCAUACCGGGUCACUGCCCCCAGCUCAGCUCCGAGAGCAGACUCUACUUGAGACACCAUACAGGGAUGCUAAGGGAGCACCAAUCUUCUGGAUGUACAAGGACAUCUGAGUCUCUCUGCGAGUCAGCGACACACACUCAGGUCAUAUGACAAACAUCACUGUGCCUUCCUUAUACCUCAGUGACUCCUUUGACACACCAGACCAAAGUGAAAAUGGCACUCAUUAAGGAGAACCUCUUAUGGUUUUGUUACUUUGACUUGACUGUUUAGGAGUAACUGAAAAAAAUAGUGAAGCCAACAUUUUAAAUUUAGUACAUCGUCAUCAACUGAAACUGAAUCUUUGUGUGCGUUCACAGCUUUC